GACAUUAAAGUGAUGAUUAUAUAUUGGACAAUCUUUUUGUUUUACACCAAUUUUGGUUGUGUACUUAACAAAAAUGUAAUCCAACCAGACCCUGUGAUGGUUACACACCUUGGACAAAGUGUAUCUCUCACUUGCUUUUGUCGAUCUGAUUUGAUCAAAGUCUCUUGGUUCAAGCAAACUGUUGGACAGAAACCUCUUCUCAUGACAGUAUCAAUUUAUCCCGAAAAUAAAUAUACAUAUUCCAACAACUUUUACAAGGACUUUACGGAGAAUAAACGUUUGAGUGUGAAGAGAGAAGUUGACAGCUGUAACCUGACCAUCUCCAAGAUAGAGUCAGGGGACUCAGCUACAUACUACUGUGGUAGUAUGAUAGCGAGUGAGGUCAAAUUUGGAGAAGGAACAGUUAUAUUUGUGAAAGAUUCAGGGUCCAACAGCAUGUCUGUGAUCCAGCAGCCUGUGUCUGAGUCAGUCCAGCCAGGAGACUCUGUUACUCUGAACUGUACAAUACACACUGAGACCUGUGCAGGAGAACAUAGUGUCUAUUGGUUCAGACAUGGCUCAGGAGAAUCCCAUCCAGGAAUCAUUUACAACCAUGGAGACAGGAGUGAUCAGUGUGAGAAGAGCCCUGAGGCUGGGUCUCCUACACAGAGCUGUGUCUACAACCUCCCCAAGGGGAACCUCAGCCUCUCUGAUGCUGGGACUUACUACUGUGCUGUGGCCUCAUGUGGGGAGAUACUGUUUGGCAACGGGACCAAGCUGGACAUUGAAAGUAAGUGA